AUGGCGACAGGGCCCAGAGACGCGCCUGCACAGCGAAUUCACUCGGACUGUGAACAAGAGCAGAGUGCCAAGAGGUUCAAAGCAGAUCCAGCCCAGGCUGGAAGUACGAAGGAAUUUGGAGAAGGAAUCGCCCUCCAGCCCGUGAAACAGGAACCGGAAGAGCUGCGGCGGGACUGUGGAGCUCAAUGGCAGCAGUUCCCAAAGGCAGUCAGGACCCCUAGCUCAGAAUGGGGACCUUCUGGAGUGCAGGGACAAGCCGGCUGUUUUCAGGCUCCCCGUGAACGUCGGCAGCUGAGAGGAGGGGAGAUCCCCCCGCUUCUGCUCGUCCCCACCAAGAAGCCUCAGGACACCAAUUUAGUCUUGGGCAAGCCAGUCUGCAAGAUCGUGAAGGUGGAGUUCCCGCAGGAGAUCGGGCGUGAGGAGGUGUUCCCGGGCGAGGACUCGUCCAGCUGGGAUGCCGAGUUGCAGAAAUUCCGGGAAUUCCGCUACUACGAGGCUGUGGGGCCCCGGCUGACUUCCGUGCGGCUGUGGACGCUCUGCCGCCAGUGGCUGCAGCCCGAGAAACGCACCAAGCAGCAGAUCCUGGAGCAGGUGAUCCUGGAGCAGUUCCUGGCCAUCCUGCCCCGAGAGAUGCAGAGCUGGGUGCGGGCGCACCGCCCGGACAACUGCCCUCGGGCCGUGGCCCUCGCGGAGAGCUUCCUGCUCGCCCAGGCGCCAAAGCCGCAGGCAGCGCUCCAGAAAGAGGCGGCCAGCAUCCCCAAAGCAGAGGCACCUCCGUCGGACUCCUGCGAGGAGCCACUCUCCGGAGAGAUCAAGCAAGAGGAUGACAGCAGUGCCACACCAUGUGGUGGGACGGAGAGAGAGAUCAAAAAGGAGGAUCCAAGCCAGGAAGACACUCUUGUGGAAUCGCCCGCAGCUGCAGAAGGAAGGGCCCAGGGAAGCCUUUCCUCUCCAAGGGAGUCUGGAGAGCCAAAAGAAGAGCCAGGGACAACCUGUAAUCCAGGUGAUGGGACCGUGAAGGAGAUCAAAGAGGAGGUUCUGAACAAGGAAGAGCCACUCCCAGAAGCGCCCAAGAGGGACGCAGGAAGCGCUCAGCAGAGCGGUGCCUUCCCCAGCGGGUCUACAUCAGUCAGACUUCCGAAAGAAGAACCCAGAGCCACCUGUAAUCCUGGUGAUGGGACCGUCAAGGAGAUCAAAGAGGAGGUUCUGAGCGAGGAAGAGUCACUCCCAGAAGCGCCUGAGAGGGCUGCAGGAAGCGCACAGCAGAGCAGUGCCUUUCCCAGCGGGUCUGCGUUAGUCAGACCUCCAAAAGAAGAACCUGGAACUACCUGUAAUCCAGGUGAUGGAGCCGUGAAGGAGAUCAAAGCAGAGGUUCUGAGUGAGGAAGAGUCAUUCCCGGAAGUGCCUGAGAUGGCCGCAGGAAGCGCUCAGCAGAGUGGCGCCUUUCCCAGUGGGUCUGCGUUAGUCAGACUUCCAAAAGAAGAGCCCGGAACCACUCGUAAUCCAGAUUCUCUCUCCUCCGUGCAUGGCGAGAUGCCGACUGUGAAGCCGGAAGGGGAACCGGGAGAGCCGGGAGAGCCAGAAGCGCAGGGCCUGGCGUUGGGUAGAGAGGAAGAAGUCGCGGGGGAAAGAGAAGAGGUCUGGACCGGCUACGGGAAAACCUUCCGCUGGAAAUCCGUCCUCACCCCGUGCAAGCAAGCCGUGACGGACUGGAAGAUCUACCAGUGCUGCGUUUGCGGCAAAAACUAUGACGCCAAAUCCAUCCGCGCCCAUCAGAAGAUGCACACGGGGGAGCGGCUGUACGAGUGCCUCUACUGCGGGCAGACCUUCAGCCAGCGCAGCCACUUUGACAAUCACGAGAAGAUCCACACGGGGGUGAAGGUCCGGAGGAGGGAGAACCUCUACAUCUGCGUGACCUGCGGGAAGAGCUUCGCUUACUACUCGACCCUGGUGGCCCACUGGAGGACCCACGGGGAAGACGGCGCUUCGAUGGCAGAUUGA